AUGACUGCUCCCUUCACUAAGCUCCCUUCCACCGCGACCAUCACGCCAUCUUCGUUUCGCGUCGCGAUUCCGGAUGAGCAACUCUCCGACUUGAAGACAUUGCUCAGGCUCUCCAGGACUGCCCCCCAGACGUAUGAAAACCUCCAGGAAGACGGCCGGUAUGGUGUCACCCAUAAGUGGUUGUCUACCAUGAAGGAGGAGUGGCUGAACAAUUUCGACUGGCGAGCAGUUGAAGAGCAUGCCAACAUCUUCCCGCAGUACACAACUGAGAUCGAGGGUUUGACUAUUCAUUUCGCAGCCCUGUUCUCGGAAAAAGCAGAUGCGGUUCCUAUUGUGCUGCUUCAUGGAUGGCCUGGGAGCUAUUUCGAGUUUCUUCCGCUGCUUCAACUUUUCAAGGACGAGUACUCUCCCAGUACUCUGCCGUAUCAUCUGAUCGUGCCUUCACUACCUGGAUACACCUUUUCAUCCGGCCCGCCACUUGAUAGAGACUUUAAGAAUGCCGAUUCAGCCCGCAUUGUCGAUAAACUGAUGAGAGGUCUCGGUUUUUCCGGCGGAUAUGUAUCUCAAGGAGGCGACAUUGGAAGCACCGUUGCUCGGAUAUUAGCUGUAGGCUACAACAGUUGUAAAGCGGUUCACCUCAACUUCUGCCCUUUGGUUAAGCGUCCAGAGGGGAUCUCAGACGAAUAUCACAACGAGCUUGAGAAACGCGGUUUCGAGCGCUCGAAUUGGUUUCUUACGUACGGCAAGGCAUACGCAGAAGAACAUGGCACCAAACCAGCCACAAUCGGUCAUGUUCUUGCCUCCAGUCCUCUGGCAUUGCUUGCAUGGAUCGGAGAGAAAUAUCUCGACUGGCCAGACACUCCCUUUUCCAAACACAAAAUACUAGAACUGGUUACCCUUUACUGGUUCACGGAGUCCUUUCCCAGGGCUAUAUACCCCUACCGCCAAACAAACCCCAUCCCGCCCGGCCCUUCACCCUUUUUAAAUGAGCUUUAUAUCCACAAGCCAUUCGGGUUCUCCUACUUCCCUAAGGAGCUAAUUCCUGUUCCAGAAUCCUGGGUUGCGAAGACUGGGAAUCUGGUGUACUUCAAACAGCACUCUGAGGGUGGGCAUUUCGCGGCAUUGGAAUUACCUGAGAAAUUCAAGGAGGACCUGUCGGAGUUCGUGACGCAGGUGUGGUCUAGUGCUUCCAAGACAUACCUAGCUUUGCGAUAUAGAUCGCCGCCAACUGCCAAGACCGCGCAAAAGUAA